AUGAACGAGCACGAGGUGAUGACGUGGCAAGCGUGGACGGUCCUGGCGAUGAUCCUGGUGACUCUGGUCCUGCUGUUCCUAGAGGUCGGUUCUCCGGAACAGAUCAUGAUGGGGACCCUGGUCGUUUUGUGGAAUAUGGGCAUUGUCUCGACGACAGAUGCUCUUGAUGGUUUCUCGAACACCGGGCUGAUUUCGAUCGGUGCUCUCUUCAUCGUGAUGCAGGCAGUCGACAAGUCGAGGGUCGUGGACUACGCGGCCCGUCGGAUCUUGGGAGCGCAGAUUUCAGACAGGGUGGUUUUGCUUCGGAUCUGCUUCCUGGUAUUCGCGCUGUCUGGAUUCUGCAACAACACCCCAUUGGUUGUCCUUUUCAUGCCGAUUGUCCGAGACUGGGCACGAACACAUCAGCGAGCACCUUCUACUUUUCUUAUUCCACUCAGCUACUCGGCAAUCAUGGGUGGCAUGUUGACAACCAUCGGGACAAGUACAAAUCUGCUGGUGAACGGCUUGCUGGAGAAGGAGGGCUACAAGCCUUUUGGUUUUUUCGAACCCGCCAUCGUUGGACUGCCGAUGGGCAUCCUGAGCUUCACCUUAAUUAUCCUUCUCGGUCCUUUGGUUCUGCCCGACAACAAGGGCGGCCUCUUCCGAGAAGUGCGAGAGCAUGGUGACAAUUUGGUCACUGCUUUGGAUAUUGCAGAGGACUCGCCGUGGGUGGGCCGGCCAGCAGUGGAUGUACUCAUCUCUAUGGGACUGCCACCCAGUAGCUUGUUGAAGAUCCGGCGUCGGAUGCCGGCUGACAAAGCACCUUCCCCAUUGCAUUUAACCCUCGGUUCGGCGGAGCCUAAAGAGUUGAUUUUGCCUCCGAGCGAAGCAUCCACCAGCGAUGAACUCGAACACAGCUUCCAAGUUCGUUUUCUCAACUUGGACAUUGAGGCUACUUGUGAGGGGGAUCCAGAUAUUAUGGAAGUGCAGCCUGUUCGCAACACUGAGACAGCUCAAGGCGGUGACCUGCUCCUCCUGUCGUUGCCCCGAGACCGGGUGGUGGAGGUGAUGUCGAAGCAAGAACGCGGGAUACGAGUCCGCAGUAUGCACGCAAGCCAAGCUGCAUCUGGACAGUCUGAGUUCGUCGAGUUAGUCCUCAGUGCCAGUUCUCCAUUGCUCGGCCAGCCGAUCUGCAAUGCUGCUCAAAUCGUCAGCGAUGGCUAUAACGCUGGCUUGAUCGCCGUUCGAUCACGAUACUGGGGCACAAGCUUCGCCACCAGCGAUAAGCCAGAUGAGAUGGGAGACAGCCCUUUCCGCAGGAAGUCGUCUGCUACUUUCAUGGCGGGUGAUGUGAUCCUUGUCUUGGGCGCUACAGGAAAUUCGUAUCCCAAUUCGCACUUCCUGCUUGUCACACGGCUUGGCUCAUUGCCCAAACCUAUGUCUUGGUAUGACCUGAUUCCUCUCGUGGUCUUUGUCCCGGCAUUGGUGCUGACUUCUCUGGAUAUGAUCAGCAUGGUGCAGCUUUCGGUCACAUUGUCGUGCAUUUUUAUCCUCGGGGGCUGGAUCAAGGCCGGCGACAUCCGGACGAUCGUCGAUUGGCAGCUGCUGAUCUUGAUCGGCUCGGCUUUGGGCGUCGCACAGGCGAUGGCGAAAUCUGGCCUGGCAGCCGGCAUCUCGCGAGGAAUCAUUGCCACGGGGCUUCCCAACUGGCUGGCGCCCUCGCUCCUCUACCUUAUCGUCAUGGUAACAACCGAGAUGGUAACGAACAAUGCUGCAGCAGCGCUGGGAGUUCCCUUGGCUGUCGACCUGGCGGAGAAGAUGGGCCUUGCGUCACCUCACCCCUUGGUCAUGGUGGUCAUGAUUGCCGCAUCCACUUCUUUUGCCAGCCCGAUUGGCUACGCAACCAAUCUCAUCGUCAUGGGUCCAGGAGGCUACUCUUUCCUGGAUUUUUUGAGGCCUCACCGCUACAACGUGCCAGUGCAGACAAGGUUGCAACAAGCAAACUUCCCGCAUGGAUCCACAGAGGCCUCAGUGCAGCAUGCACUACUGAGUUUUGGUACUCGGGCGGAGCCCUUGCUUUCAAAGCUGGCGGCUCUGUCGCAAACACUCAGGACAGCCAAGCAGAAGGCCGUGGAGCAAAGUCAUGAAAACAUCCGCUUGAAGCACCAGGCAGGAUAA